GCGCGCCGACACUCGGACAACCGUCUGGGCCUCUGUGCGGAGAUGACAAGUCAUAAACCACAACAAACCAUGCCUCACUCUGCGCUGCCUCCUUGAUAUUCCUCGCCCACCACCUCAUGAGAGCCCGCAAACCACCAUCAUGAUCGCUCCUUCCUGCGCCUGGACUCGUGUUGGCUUGAGGCGCAUGCCCAACGCCCCUUACUCCCGGAACACAAACUCGGGAACCGGCUUCGAACGCGCACGCACUCAGGUCCAUCCUUCCAAUGUCACUCGCAGAUGCCAUUUCGAGAAGUCGCACGCGGGUGGCAGGCCGACGGAAACGGCGCGGUCCAUUCCCGGGCCAAGCUGGCUUUGGCUCGACCCCAUCAUCGAACCCUUCCGCGCAUAUGGUCGCGUGCAACAGAGGAGGCCCUACAGGACACAGCUCAUAUCCUCGCUCGUCAUCUAUUUCAUCGGCGACCUAGUGGCCCAGAGCAUUGCGCCUGACGAGUCCAACCAAGUGCUGGAAGUGGUCGACGAUGCAGCGGAAAAGGGCUGGGUCCAAGAAUGGAGCGACAACCGUGACUGGGCCCGUACAGGACGCGCUCUCGCAAUUGGAGGACUGAGCUCUAUCCCAUCGUACAAGUGGUUCCUGUGGUUAUCCAACAGCUUCAACUACAGCUCCAAGACACUCUCUCUGUCAAUCAAGGUCUUCAUCAACCAAGCCUUCUUCACCCCCUUGUUCAACUCGUACUUCUUCGGCAUGCAAUCGCUUCUUUCCGGCGCAACCCUGCCCGAGAUCCUGGAACGCAUCAAGAAUACGGUGCCGACAAGCUGGUACAACAGCUGCAAACUCUGGCCUGCUGUCACAGCCUUCAGCUUCACCUACAUACCUAUAGAAUACCGUAGCAUAUUUGGCGGCGUUAUCGCUAUUGGGUGGCAGACGUAUCUCAGUCUGCUAAACACAAGGGCUGCAGCUAAAGAGGAGAUGGAGCAUGCAGCGAUGCACGACGCGCCAGCAAGCGUGCGAACAACACAAAGGCUUGAGCAUGGUCUGUUCGAGCAAAAAUGCGCUGCGUAGGCUACAUCCGCUGCAAACCGACCUUGGAACACUCUGGACUCGUUCAACAAGGCCCACAACGCGACUAGCGUUUCAACAUUCACCUGCUGCAUCUGCAGCCACUUUUAUUUCUUAUGUCUGAUUCAAGACGGGUAUAUUGCAUUAGAGACGGAGUUACGGAUUCCAUUCGAUACCAGGAGCGCUGCGUAAACGACGCGCGAACACAUCAGUCAUCACAUUAGCAUCUUAUCUACACCUCAAUACAUCUCGUUUGUUUUCGCUAGGCUUCGUCGACCCUAGCCCACGGCCCACUCAACAACAGGAGGUACGCCGGUUC